GCCACUGGCGGAGCCCCGCCAUAUAAGCCGCCGCCUCAGUCGGCGCCCCAGCCGAAGGCAACGACCCAUCGCGCCACGCCGUCCAAGGCGCCCCCGCAGCAGGCGCCGACGUCGAAGGCGCCGCCUCCGCAGGUGCCGCCGCGGAAGCCACCGCCGCCGCAAGUGCCGUCGGAGAAGCCCCCGCCUCCGCGCGCGCCGCAGCCGACGGACAACCGCGAGCCGCCGACGCCGCCUCCAGGCCACCCCUCGUCGGCCGGGGGGCCAGGCAAGCCCCCGCCGUCGCCGUUGCCGAGGCCGAAGGCGGCGCCCAGGGUGCAUCACCCUGACCACGCCGCCACCCAUGCGGACGGCAUGGGCCAGCAAGCACCUGGAGACUACGCGAGUGAGAACACGGCGGGCCUGGAGGAGCGCUCGCGCAGAGUGCGCGAACAGCAGGGGGCGGCCAAGGCACCUCCGAAGGCGGACAUUCCAGCCCGCGCCUCCGCCCAUGGAUCGGAUGACAUGGAGCAACAAACGACUGGUGGCUAUGAAACCGGAGACGUCAGG